CUGUGUCGUGUCAUUGAUGGUGCUUGGGUGUUACGGAAAGUGGUGUGAAUUUAAAAUUAUUUUUUCGUAACAGAUCAAAUUAUAUAUUUCUUACUAAAAGUUAAUACAUUUUAAAAGAAUUAUUGUGUGGAUCUUAUCGCUCGUUGAUAUAAAAUCUUUCACUGCUUCUAAACAGAUGAUGUCUAUGAGCCGGCUGUGAGGAGGUGCCUCAACGAUGCCGCCGCGACAAUGAAACACUACUCGAGUGGCCCCGCGACAGUCAAUGACUACUUUAUAAUGUACCUGGCCAAAUGGAAGCGCGCCGCUGUUGUCUUGCUCUUCGUUUGGAUUGUCGUCACCUACUUGGUUAUAUCUCCACUCAGAUGCAACGGAAACCAAGAUGAGGUAACAGAAUUCCAAGAAAGGUUGAAAAAGGUGUCUUCGCAGCUGGAGACCUUGAGGCAGCAACAUAGUAAUCUCAUAUCACAAAUUAAGAAGUCUUCUAGCCUCAAUGGUAACCUGAAGGAUAUAGACACAGGGUCCCUCUUCCUGGACGGGGGUCAGGGGCCAACAGAAGACUAUGAGAAUCUCAGAAGGAGGAUAUACUCCAAUACUAAGGAGCUAUGGUACUAUGUACACCAUGAGCUCACAAAAGUGAUACAAGAAGAUAAUAAGGCGGAGAAGAUACAGACAAUAUUGGACCAAAUUGGUGAAAGGAAAAGGUCUCUACUCUCAGACCAACAAGCGUUACCAGAGCUGGACGGUUACAAUGAGUGGAGGCAAGCGGAGGCAGCCAACGUCAGCGACCUUGUACAAAGACGACUCCACUACCUACAGAACCCACCAGACUGCAAGGAUGCUAGGAAACUCAUAUGUAAUCUGAAUAAGGGUUGCGGUUUCGGUUGCCAGUUGCAUCACAUAGUGUACUGCCUCAUAUUUGCUUACGCGACAGAACGUACCCUGAUACUCAACUCAAAAGGUUGGCGGUACAACAACAAAGGUUGGGAGUAUGUCUUCAUGCCCAUAUCGGAUACCUGUACCAGCGCCUACGAUGACAAAGUUGUUAUGUGGCCAGUGACCUAUGAUGCCAAGGUGUUGGCCCUGACGUUUAUAGACUCGAUAUCCCAGAAGCCUAAGUUCUUACCACUCGCCAUUCCAAAGGAUUUGGCACACAGGAUAACGAGAUUUAACGGUGACCCAUCAUCAUGGUGGAUAGGUCAGAUGCUGAAAUACAUUCUGAAGCCUCGGCAGGCGAUGCAGAAAGCUAUCAACGAUACUAUAGCUAAAAUGAACUUCAAGAAACCUAUAGUUGGAGUCCACAUAAGAAGAACAGACAAGGUUGGUACGGAGGCGGCGUUCCACCACAUCCACGAGUACAUGGUGCAUGUGAAGGAUUACUACGACCAGCUCGAGCUGACCCGCCCCGUCGACGUCAGGCGGGUCUACCUGGCUACUGAUGAUGCUAACGUGUUGGAAGAUGCUCGCAGCAAGUACCCGUCGUACGAGUUCCUGGGCGACCCGUCCAUAGCGAAGACGGCGGCGACGCACCGCCGGUACACGCCGCUGUCGCUGACGGGCCUGCUCGUCGACCUGCAUCUACUCGCCAUGUGCGACUACCUCGUCUGCACCUUCAGUAGCCAGGUCGGCAGAGUAGCGUACGAGAUGAUGCAAACGAACCGCGUGGACGCGUCGGAUAGUUUCUUCUCCCUCGACGACAUAUACUACUUUGGUGGACAGAACGCUCACGAUAGAGUCGCCGUAUUGCCUAACGAUGGCGCCUACCAAGACAUACCGUUCCAGGUGGGCGAUUUAAUAGGCAUCGCGGGCAACCAUUGGAACGGCUACGGUCGAGGCACAAACAAACGAACAAAUGUGAACGGACUGAUACCCUGGUACAAGACUGCGGACCAUUUGGUCCUAUACCCAUUCCCUGAGUACAAACAGGUGCCGCUGUACACAGACACACGACAGAAAGACUUAUAAGGAAGGCCCUAGUGGUCCCCUACAGACCUUGGUCACGUGACCCGUGUGACUAUUAUUAUAAUUACAGUUUCGUUAUUACAUCGUGCGCUGUGCAAACGUGUGGGAGCUGAAAUCGAUAAAAGAUUGUAUACAGGCCACGCAUAAACAAUCAUUAUAAGUCUUAGUACAAUGUGAUUAAGUUCAAUUUUCAUUAACGCAGCUUAAUGGCCAUUGGUCUUUAUCGAAUUAAAGGAUUCGCACAAUUAAUCAAAAAUGUAUCUCAGUGUCGCCUGUAUACACGUCUUUUACGCGUAGAAAUAAUAUUUAUGUCGUUAAAGUUUACGUAAAAACGUCUUUUACGGGCUUGUUAAUUGUUAAUGGACUGUCUUUAAUUAAUAAUUAAUUACUCUAUGUACUGUGAACGUGAACCUCUGCAUUUCUCUAAUAAUUGCGGUUGACGGCUUAUUUACCUAACUGUUUCACGAUAUAACUAGACUAGUAUCGAUUCUACUCAAUAAUGGCUACUGUUUUUUUUUGUUCGCUAGUUUGGACUUUUCCCAAUAAAGAAUUAAAAAAUAUCAUAUUGUAAUUCUAUAUUAAAAGUUACAGUGAUUGGAUAAUCGCUAAAUUAUCGCUGUCUGGCGAGCGAAAAUUUCUCGCCGUGUCAUUAAUACUACAAUGAUACCCAUACAUGACUAUGAGUCCCCAGCAAGGUUUGAAAUUAGUCGAGUUAUCUCGUCAGUGACGUAACUAAGCCGCAAAACAUAAUUAAUUAUCUAAGUCUGCAUUUCUGUUGAAGUUUUGAGAAUGAUUGUUGAUUCAUAGAUUACGGUUGAUAUUUCAAGUUUGCGUAAAUGUAUCGAAUGAAAACUUAUGUUUUUCGGGAGGAAUAGAUGUUGAAAAUUAAUUGUUAUAAUAUCGCGCUGUCCGCAUUUAAUGUUAUUCUAAAUUAGGACAAACGUACUGGUAAUAAAAAAAGUUAGGUACAAUAAAAAAAUCUCUUUUAUCAAAAUUGAAACUCAAAAGUUCCCACUUGAAACUCUCAAGCAGCUAAUUUAAUAUCUAAUUAUUG